GGUCGGGACAGAAGUGGAACCUCAUCAGCUCAACCUCACUCAUGAGCUUUCACUGAAACGCCUUCGGCUCCUCCUGACUCACACGCUACAACACCAAGGCUCAAUUAAACAUCAUCACCAAGAGGGCUGCCAUACCUCAUUCUCUCAUCAUGGCGGCCGACAUCAGAGUCUCAAUUGAUCGCGGCGGCACAUUCUGCGACGUCAUCGCCGAAAUCGACGGCCGUGAACCCCUCAUCUUCAAGCUUCUCUCCGAAGACCCAGCAAACUACCCCGACGCCCCGACCGAAGCCAUCAGGCGCAUUCUCGAAGCUGUAGGGGGGAAGCCCAUCCCCAUCGGACAGAAACUCGGUGGCUCGCGCAUCGCAUCGUGCCGCAUCGGCACCACAGUCGCGACGAACGCUCUCCUAGAACACAAGGGCGAGCGCUUCGCCUUCCUCACCACAAAGGGCUUCAAGGACGUCUGCGUAAUUGGCGAUCAGUCCCGUCCCAAACUGUUUGACCUCAAUAUCCGCAAACCCACGGCUUUGCACUCGACCGUCGUCGAGAUCGACGAGCGCAUCGUGCCAGCAGAUUAUGACCUCAACCCAACGCCCCUGGACAAGGAGGCUGCUCUCAAGGCCGCUUCAACAUCACCACUAACCUCAUCAUCUACUCCCCAAGAAGGAGACCUCGUCCGCACACCCAACGGCGAUCUAAUCCGCAUCCUCCGCCGCCCAAACCCAGACCUCAUCCGAUCUCAGCUCCGCGCCCUCAAAGACGCAGGCUACACCUCCCUCGCAAUCUCCUUCAUGCACGCCUACCUACACCCCGCCCACGAAGACCUCGUCGCCUCCCUCGCCCGCUCCCCCGAAUUCGCCUUCUCUUACGUGACAACCUCCUCCGCAACCUCCCCGACCAUCAAAUUCCUCAACCGCAGCACCUCAACAUGCUCAGAAGCCUACCUCUACCCCGUCAUCCAGCGCUACGUCGCCUCCUUCCACGCAGGCUUUCUCCCCGAUGCGCCGCCCCGCCGCGUAGACUUCAUGUGCUCCGACGGCGGCCUCAAAGCGGCCUCCCGCUUCCGCGGCAACGAGGCGCUCCUGAGUGGUCCCGCAGGCGGCGUAGUCGGCAUCGCGCGGUCCUGUUAUGACCGUCAGGACGGCACGCCCGUCAUCGGCCUCGACAUGGGCGGUACCAGCACGGAUGUCUCGCGGUACGACGGGAAGUAUGACUACCUCACCGAGACCUCCAUCGCGGGCCGCACAAUCACCACGCCCAUGCUCAACAUCGCCACCGUAGCAGCAGGCGGCGGAUCAAUCCUCUUUGCGCGGAACGGUCUCUUAGCUGUAGGACCCGAGAGCGCGGGUGCGCACCCGGGACCAGCAUGUUACCGAAAGAACGGCCCCUUGACCGUAACAGACGCGAACCUCUUCCUCGGACGUCUUGUUCCGUCUUCGUUUCCUUCCAUCUUUGGACCGUCUGCCUCUGAACCGCUAGAUACCGCCAUCGUCAAAAAGAAAUUCAGACAAAUUACGCAAGAGUUCAACCAACAGACGAACCAGGCCCUCCAACCGCACGACGUAGCCUUAGGCUUCCUAGACGUCGCAAACGAAACAAUGGCCCGCCCCAUCCGCAACGCAACCGAAGCCCGCGGCUUCGCCCCCGAAAACCACAACCUUGUCUCCUUUGGCGGCGCGGGCGGCCAGCACGCCUGCGAAAUCGCUGAAAAACUCGGCAUCCGCCGCAUCCUGAUCCACAAGUUCUCCUCCUUGCUUUCGGCGUACGGCAUCGCGCAAGCAGAGCUACAAAGCGAGACCCUCGAGCCGUACGGCGCCAAAUUCAGCCACAGCGAGGAUGCUGCGCAAGGGGCAGUGACAUCCCACAUCGCGGACCGCCUCGCCGCACUGAGGGGGAAAGUGACACGAGAACUAGUCUCCCAGGGCGCGGAUGAGGCUUCGCUGGUCUUUGAUGAGAGUCUUGUCCUGCGGUACUAUGGCACCGAUACGAAUCUUACAAUCUCCCGCCCCGAGGACGGUGAUUACGCCGCCAGCUUCAAGGCUACGCACCUUCGCGAGUUUGCCUUCUCCAUGGAUAGAGACAUCGUCAUUGAGUCGAUCAAGGUUCGUGGGACGGGUAGUGCGGCGGGGAGCGCGUUCGGAAUGCGGGAGACGUCUGCGGUCAAGGAGCUCGCGGACAGGAGGAGCCGCGGUAGCGGAGAUGUUGCUAUCGCCCCGGAGCCGAGCGUGAAGCAGAGGGUAUAUAUCGACGGCGGGUGGUGCGAGACGGACGUGUAUCGUCUGGGCGAAGUCUCCAAGGGCGUCGUGAUCGAGGGCCCUGCUCUACUCAUCGACCAGACGCAGACAAUCUUCGUGUCCCCGACAUUUAGCGCCUACAUCCUCUCCUCCCACGUCCUCCUCGAGAAGCAAGCACCAGCCACGACUUCAUCACCAUCACCGCUCCCCACCUCUAUAACACAAAACCGAACCCCACAGCCCGACGCACCAGAAACCACAGACCCAAUCCUCCUCUCCGUCUUCGCCCACCGCUUCAUGGCCAUAGCAGAACAGAUGGGCACGACCCUCCAACGCACCGCAAUCUCCACCUCCAUCAAAGAACGCCUCGACUUUUCCUGCGCAAUCUUCUCCCCCGAGGGCAAACUCGUCGCCAACGCGCCCCAUAUCCCAAUCCACCUCGGCUCCAUGCAAUUCGCCAUCCAGGAACAACACCGCCACUGGAAAGGACGCCUCCAGCCCGGCGACGUGCUCUUGACGAAUCAUCCGCAGUGGGGCGGGACGCAUCUCCCGGAUCUGACCGUCGUUACGCCCGUCUUUGUUGACACCGGGUCCGGAUCCCCCUCCGAUCCGGAUGAUGGCGACAAGACAGACCGCGACAACACAAACACCCAAGAAAUCGCCUUCUACGUCGCCUCCCGCGGCCAUCACACAGACAUAGGCGGCAAAGGCAUCACCUCAAUGAUGCCCGAGUCCCGCCAACUCUGGGAAGAAGGCCUCAACGUACCAACCCUCAAAAUCGUCUACCGCGGCCACUUCCUCGAAUCCCAAGUCAUCGCCGCCUUUGAGAAAGCAGGUUCCUUGCCGGGCUGCUCCACCUCCCGCCGUCUCGCAGAUAACAUCUCGGACCUAAAAGCCCAAACCUCGGCAAACCAGCGCGGCAUCCUCCUCUUGCGGAAACUCUGCGCCGAGCAAGGGGUCGGGAAGAAGGGCGUGGCAGUGGUACACAAGUACAUGUCCGCGAUCCAAGACAACGCAGAAGCCGCAGUCCGUAGCUACUUCAAAUCUCUAGCCCGCUCCCACCCCUCGGGGCUAUCCGCAACAGACCACCUAGAUGACGGCACCCCCCUCCACGUGAACAUCACAAUCGACCCCCUCACCGGCACAGCAACCUACGACUUCUCCGUUUCCGGCCCGCAAAUCUGGGGAAACUACAACUGCCCCAUCUCCAUCACCCACUCAGCGAUAAUUUACACCAUCCGAAGCCUAGUAGGCCUCGACAUACCCCUAAACCAAGGCUGUCUAAACCCCGUCAACAUCAUCCUCCCACCCGUCGGCUCCGUCCUGAAUCCCGGUGCCGGGGUUGCGAUAUGCGGAAGCACCCUCGCCUCCCAGCGCGUCAUCGACGUCAUCCUCCGCGCGUUCGGGACACACGGCGCAAGCCAGGGGUGCGCGAAUAGUUUCGGCUGGGGCAUGGGCGGCCGGGACCCGGAGACCGGAGCGGUCAUCAAGGGGUGGAACUACGGGGAGAGUAUCGGCGGCGGGGUGGGUGCGGGAGAUGGGUAUGAGGGUGAGCAUUCGACGCACGUCCAUUCUACGAAUACGCGCCAGACAGACGCGGAGGUCAUUGAGAAGCGCACUGCUGUACUCGUCAAGUCCUACGGUAUCCGCAAAGGAAGUGGUGGUGUCGGAAAAUAUCGUGGAGGCGACGGUAUCACGCGUGAAAUUCAGGCGCGUAUCCCGCUCAAGUUUAGUAUCCUUUCGGAUCGGAGGGUGUAUCGGCCUUGGGGUAUGACUGGCGGCGGGCCAGGGCAAAAGGGGGAGAAUUAUGCAUUCUUGUUCAACGAGGAGGGAGGCAUGGAGAAGAUUAAUCUUGGCGGGAAGGCGAUUAUCAACCUAAAGGAGGGCGAGUAUAUCCAGGUCAAUACGCCUGGUGGUGGAGGGUAUGGCGGCGAGGAUGUAGAGGAUAGACAUCGGGGUUAUGUAUGA